AUGGGACGUGUGCUCAAGAGUGCUGUCAUAUCGCAGAUCCUCAUAGACACUAUUGAUGCCCUGGCGGAGGCGCCACAGGAAGUUGUGCAACGGCCAGAAGGUAUCAGUGAAGCCAACACAGUCGAUGCCUGCACCGUGGCUCUGUACAUGUUUGGCCAACUGUACAUUCGACAGGCCCAGCGCGCAGAUGCAAUGGAUGUGUGGCCCAGCUCGUCGCCACAGGCCGCUGCUGCUGGAUUAACGGGCAGCGCGUUUUCGCAGGCUUUGCCCUUUGCUGAGCUGAGCGGCAGCUUCAGUGGGUUUGGGUCAGGAGGCUUUGGGCCUGCAGAGCCCAUCUCACCCACACGAUCUGGAUCCUCAACUUCAUCCCCAUCCAGAUCAGGCUCAGGGCCUGUUUCACCCUCAGUGCACUUCCAGCAGCAGAAGAGCAACCAUCUUGUGCGGAAAGAGCUCCAGGCACACCUUUUUGCGCAUCAGCAGCUGCUUGCAGGGUACACGGAUCACAUCAAACGGCACACGCACGCGCUUCUUCAGCUGGUGCUGAACAAUCCGCAGAAGGCGGACAGCAGCCUGCAUAACGGCACCAUUAGCGCUGCAGAGUUUGACCGCUUGGGCUUCCUUUUGAGAGGCUCGGCUGAGAGCAGUCCAACGCAGGAUGGCAGCCCCAUGGAUGUCAGCCCAUCACCCUUCCAAGAUGCCAUGGUCGGCAGCCCACCCAAAGGGGGCAGAAGAGGGGAUUUAGCUCCAGCUGGUAUCGUGCAAGGGGGCAGCGUGGACAUUCAGGGCGUGUGCAAGUCGACGGUGGUGCGGGGGGAGGACAACUUCCCUGCGGGCAUCCUGCGGGUCACAGACUGCCAUGACACGGUCGUCUACGCGCUCGCACCCCUGCACUAUGCCAAGAUCGCAGCCUGCAGCGACUGCACGAUCAUGAUUGGGGCGGUGGGGCGAGUGCUGAAGGUGGAGCGGUGCGAGAGGGUGCAGCUGGUCGCAUCGGCGGUGCGCCUGAGCAUCGCGUCAUGCCACGACUGCGUCUUCUACCUCGGUGUCAACCGCCCGCCUCUCCUGCUCGGCGACAACCGCUUCCUCCAGAUGGCGCCGUACAACACGCAGUAUGAGCGGCUGCCGGUGCACAUGGCCAAGGCGGGCGUGACGGCGGAGCCCAACCUGUGGGACCGCCCGGUCAGCCUGGGCCGCGAGCACCGGCCGGCCACGCCCGACUCCGACAGCGCCACAUCGGCCGCCGGCAAGGCGCGCAUGCCCUUCACGCUGCUGCCGCCCGACAAGCUGCUGCCGCUCAUGGUGCCCUUCAAGGGCGGGCCCGGGCCCCUCUGCGGCGGCGCAGCCUCCAGUGGCGGAUCCAGGAUGUCGGCGGAUGUGGGGAGUUUUGUGGGGCUGGGGGACAGCGGCCAGGGGGGGUCGGGGCCUCUGGCGCCCAGCCCAUUCCGGCUGCCCGCCGUGUACGAGGAGGCCAAGGAGCGCAAGGUGUCCGCCGUGUCAGACCUGCGCAACGCUGUCAAAGCGGCCUCCCUGGACGAUGGCAAGAAGCGGGAGCUGCAGGCGGUGAUCCAGUCCUAUUUCAAGGACUGGCUGAUGACGUCGGGCAACAUGCGGCAGGUGUAUGACCUGGCGCGCAUGGAGCGCGAGGAAGCCUCCAGCAGCAUGCCCGACAACAGCAACAACCUGGGCCCAGACGGCCCCAUGAACAUGUCCACGGACCCUUCCUUGUGACCACCUCAUGUCUGACACACUCCUGCAGCUUGUGCAGCUGCAGGAGCGUAAUGGCAUGUAGUUUUACUAGGGGAGCUCCUCAGUUGAUGCCGGCAGUGCGCCUGGCAGCAGUUGAGGAGUGGGCUAGUCAGAAAGGCUUGUUGGCUUGUGCUCUGCCAGGCCAGGGGAUCUCCUUGCUUGCAGAAUAUGUCUGCAUCGAGCAGAUUGAAGGCAUUGCUAGGCUGUUAACGUCACGUUGUAGGAGAAGAAAAUUAGGAGUGCUUUGACCCUGUUGGACCUGUGCAUGCGGGCAUUGUGACUGCAAGCGGAGCAGGCAGCUCAUGAUUGCAUUGUUGCAAUGUUGACAAUGACUCUACUGUCUGUUAAUAACGUUGGUGACCUGUUGCGCAGCUCUGUCACAUGGUAAUGAUAGUGAUUGCAG